GAGGUAUCGCUGCUGGUGCACUCCACACUUUGCUGUCUCUCUCUCUCCCCCCCUCCCUCCCACUCUCUCUGUCGUCCCCUCGUCGGUCUGCGCGCCAGCAAUUGGAACUUCGAACCCGAGGAUAUUAAGAUGACAAAAACUAGUUCAUCUAAGAAGAAGCCCAAAGCGUCCCUUGAGGGUCCUGUCCUAGAAAAGGAGAAGCCUUUAAAGCCGAAAAAGAUGGGCAGUGAGAUUGAUGAAAUUUUUGCCGGGAAGAAAAGAAAGAGACCUGAGAGAGAGAAAAAUUUAACCACUGAGAAGCCAGCCAAAGUAUCUGCUGCAAAUGCGAAAUCGCAUGACAAGAUGAGGAUAGUCAAGAAUGGUAAGGGCAAAGUCUCUAAAGAGAAUCAAUUUACUGACACCCCUUCUCGAUCAAGGAAAAAAACUGCAGAUGGGCUAGCUAUUUAUACGGAGGAUGAGUUGGGUAUUGGCAACCCAGAGGCUGGAGGUACCUCUCUGUGUCCAUUUGAUUGUAAUUGCUGUUUCUGAUACAACCACCGAUAAUUUAGUUAGAUGUUAGUUGCUACCAUCCGAAUGAUUUUUGUUAGCCCCAACCUGAGAAACUGUUCCCUUGUUGUGAGUUGUAAUAGGUGAAUUGAAUGGUUUCUUUACAUAUUAUAAUAUUCUGUAAUAUAUGAAGCUUUAUAUUUGUCGAUGCGGAAUGGCAUUAAGGCCAAA